CGCUCUGCAGCUGGGCGGGCUGGCGGACCGCAUCCCUUCGUGCUGGGCUGUGCUGACGGCGUGGCCUGGCGUUCCGGAGCGGUCGGGAUAGGGGUGGUCUGAGUGGCACCCGCAGUCAUGGUGGUGUUCCUGGGCCGCCACCUCCCGGCGCUCCUCGGGCUCUUUAAGAAGAAGGGCUCAGCCAAGGCUGAGAGUGACAAACGUCUAAGUGUAGGGCCCGGCCAGGGGCCCGGGUCUGUAGUGGAUGAGCACCAGGACAAUGUCUUCUUCCCCAGUGGGCGACCGCCUCACUUGGAAGAGCUGCACACGCAGGCCCAGGAGGGGCUCCGUUCCCUACAGCACCAAGAAAAACAGAAACUGAACAAGGGUGGCUGGGACCAUGGAGACACCCAGAGCCUCCAGUCCUCCAGGACAGGGCCAGAUGAAGACAGCAUCUCCUUCUGCAGCCAGACCACAUCCUACACGGUUGAGAGCUCCACAGCAGAGGAUGCUCUCUCCAUCCGCACGGAGAUGAUCCAGCGCAAAGGCUCCACCUUCCGGCCCCAUGACUCAUUUCCCAAAUCAUCCGGGAAGUCAGGGCGGCGGCGGCGGGAACGGCGGAGCACAGUGCUGGGACUGCCACAACACGUGCAGAAGGAACUCGGCUUGCGGAAUGAGCAUGAGGCACCAGGUACUCCUCGGCCUCCUGGUCCACGGGAUGCUGUACGAAUCCCCACGGUGGAUGGCCGCCCGGCGAGUCUGGCCUCAGGAGCUGGAGUCCGGGUGUCCCUGCAGGCGCUGGAGGCAGAGGCAGAGGCUGGGGCCAAGGCAGAGGCCAUGCUGCAGCGCCACAUCGACCGCAUCUACCGAGAUGACACCUUCAUUGGCCGGUCCACAGGAGCUCAACCCCCGCCCAUUCCCCGGCCUAUGUCCCUAGCAGUGCCCGGACUGACAGGAGGGGCAGGGCCUCCAGAGCCUCUGAGCCCGGCCAUGUCCAUCUCGCCCCAGGCCACCUACUUGUCAAAACUGAUCCCACAUGCUGUGCUGCCACCCACAGUGGAUGUGGUGGCCCUGGGCCGCUGCAGCCUGCGCACACUGAGCCGCUGCAGCCUGCUUUCGGCCAGCCCGGCCUCUGUCCGCUCACUGGGCCGCUUCUCCUCGGCCUCCAGCCCACAGCCCCGCAGCCGCCACCCUUCCUCCUCCAGUGACACCUGGAGCCACUCUCAGUCCUCUGAGACCAUUGUGUCUGAUGGCUCCACCCUAUCCUCUAAGGGUGGCUCUGAGGGCCGUCCAGAGGGCUCUGUAGCUAGCAAUAGUGUGGCACCCCCUCCCCAGGGGGGCAGCGGGAGGGGCUCUCCCAGUGGGGGCAGCACUGCUGAGGCCUCGGACACUGUCAGUAUUCGGAGCAGUGGGCAGUUGUCCAGCCGGAGUGUGUCCCUACGUAAGCUGAAGCGUCCCCCCCCACCUCCCCGCCGGACCUACUCGCUUCGUCAGCGGGGCUCAGCAGCCCCUGAUGGGCCCUUGGGGUUGCCUCCCAAGCCAGAGCGGAAGCAGCAGCCACAGCUGCCUCGGCCGCCCACUACUGGUGGGUCAGAAGGGACAGGGACAGCACCCUGUCCGUCCAACUCAGCAGGCAGCUGGGUGCCUGGCUUGUCUCCAGGUGGCUCCCGGCGCCCCCCACGCUCCCCAGAACGGACGCUCUCACCCUCCAGUGGGUACUCGAGCCAAAGUGGUACCCCUACCCUCCCUCCAAAGGGUCUAGCGGGCGCCCCUGCUUCCCCAGGCAAGGUCCAACCCCCUAAACCAGAGCGUGUCACUUCCCUCCGAUCUCCUGGGGCCUCUGUCUCCUCCUCCCUCACAUCUCUGUGUUCCUCCUUCUCUGACCCAGCCCCCUCAGACCGCUCUGGUCCACAGAUAUCGACCCCCCUUGGUGACAGGUUUGUUAUACCUCCUCACCCCAAGGUGCUUGCCCCCUUCUCGCCACCUCCCUCUAAGCCCAAGACUCCUAACCAAGCUGCCCCUGCUCUGGCUGCCCCCGCCCUGGUCCCUGGGCCUGCCUCUACCACUGGUGUCAGUCCUGAGUCUCCUCCCACCCCUCAGACGUCCCUGACUCCACCACAGGAAUCUCCCAUUGCCUCCAAAGGCCAGUCACCCCCACCAUCCCCACCCCCAUCUUAUCAUCCACCCCCACCACCCACUAAGAAGCUGGGGGUGGUUGAGGAGGCCCCGCCUGCCCCAGAGACUGCUGAGGAGCCCCUCCAGGAUCCCAGCUGGCCCCCACCGCCACCCCCUGCACCUGAGGAGCAGGACCUGUCCAUGGCUGACUUCCCCCCACCAGAGGAGGCCUUUUUCUCUGUAGCUGGCCCUGAGCCUGCAGGCCCUUCAGACCCUCCAGCCCCUGUCAACUCCCUGGCUGCUUCACCCUCAGCUACUGUCUCGUCUCAGAGCCAGCCCCAUGGCACCCCAGAUCCUCCAGCUCCACCAGCCCCCCCUGCUGGUUCUGUCACAGGGCUGGCCAAGCUCCCUCGGAAGGAACCAGUGGGCUGCAGCAAGGGCAAUGGGGCUCCCAGGGAGGAUGCCAGUGCACCCCUGGUCACACCCUCACUCCUGCAGAUGGUUCGACUACGUUCUGUGGGUGCUGCCACAGUGGCUCCAACUCCAGCCUUGGGGCCAUCAGCCCCCCAGAAGCCACUACGAAGGGCCCUGUCAGGGCGGGCCAGCCCAGCACCUGCCGCCUCCCCAGGGCUCCAUGCUGCCGUCCGACUCAAGGCCUCCAGUCUGGCUGCCAGUGAGGGUCCUGUGAAUGCCCAGCCCAAUGGGCCACCUGAGGCAGAGCCACGGUCUCCCCAGUCCCCUGCCUCUACGGCCAGCUUUAUCUUCUCCAAGGGCACUAAGAAGUUGCAGUUGGAGCGGCCUGUGUCCCCUGAGAACCAGGCUGACCUCCAGCGGAAUCUGGUGGCUGAACUUCGGAGCAUCUCAGAGCAGCGGCCACCCCAGGCCUCAAAGAAGCCACCUAAGGCUCCUCCACCUGUGGCCCGCAAGCCCUCUGUGGGAAUGCCCUCACCCACAUCCCCCAGCUUCCCUCGGGCUGAGCCCCUUACUGCUCCUCCAACCAAUGGGCUCCCUCAUGCCGAGGGCAGGACUAAGGGGGAGCCAGCCGAGAAUGGAGGCGUCGUUCAGCUGGUGGGCCCAGAGGAGAAGCUGGGUUCACCUGGCUCAGACCCACAGAAAGAGCUGAUCUGACCACCAGGCACCUCACUGGCACUGCUGACCCAUCCCAGGAAUACAAUCUCAGGGACCUGAGCAGCUCCAAGGAUGAGAGGAUACGGCAGACACUUAACCUAAUAGAGAGGAUGCCUGCAGCCUUAACCUCCACGGCCUUCAAUGUUUAUGCAAGCCUGGUGUUGACCCUGUCCUCCAAGUCAUCCAGCUCUCAUGCCUUUUCCCGAAUGGAGUCACCUCUGGCGGCUGCCACUUCUGUCUUGGCCUUAGCCUCAUCUUGAAGGAGGUAGCUGGUGGGAGUGGGUGGCUGUGUCCCAUGCUGGCCCUGAGGCCAAAGUUGGGAGAACACCUCACUUGUUUGUCUCAUUUUUUUUCAUGUCCAAAUCAUAAAAUUACUGUAGUCCAGAAUCAAAGCACUUUCAAAAAGAGACUGCAUGUCCAUCCUCCAGGGCCCAUGAAGCCACAUUCCAAGGGCCUGUUUACAUGGCAGCAGCAUCGGUUCCCAGUAGCUGGCCCAUAAAUGGGAUCAUCCCUUCCCUCCCAUCCAAUUUGCUCCUUUCUUAGUUCUUGGAGGUGGGCAAGUCAUUGUAUUCCCCCAGGCUGGAGGCAGGAGCAAGGCUGUGGGGUUCCAAAGCACAAAAGGUGCAGAAGGGUUAGCCUUCCUGUGCCUCAACUUACCACCAACCACCCUCCUGCCUUCCAGUUACGCUAGGUGCUCCAUGCAGGGAACAAGAAGUGGGAGACUGCCAGGGCCCAAAUGGGUGGGGAAAGAAAGAGCCAGAGAGGAGGUCCACAGGCUCUGUCGUCAGAGAGCAGGAGAACAGAAUAGGGAGUCAUCUUGGGGGGCACUUGGCAAUGCCAAGCAUCUGUUCCUUGUUUCACCUGAUCAGGUUGGAGUGGGCAGGCACAGCACUUCAAAGACUGGCAAAGCUGGGGGAUUUGGCAGGGGAAACCUUAUUUGGGCAGUGGGCCCAGCCCCCGCUCUACAGAUUUCAUCCCUGACCUUUCUUUCCUCGCCUUGGUUCACGUCCUCUGUGCAGCUGCUUUCGGCACAGGUGGUUCCACUGGGGGGGAGCUCACACUGAGUGACAAGGAUGGGAAGCCAAAGGUGCAUUCUAUUCCAGACUCUUCCAUAGUCAAUGGAGGGGGGCCACUCAGUGCUCCAAGGGAGCAGGCUAGGGGUUACCCCAAUAUCAGUCUCUGCUACUGAUCUCUCCUCCAGGAAUUUUAAUGACCUUUGUUUUCGGCCUGUGCCACCUAGAUAGGUAAGCUCGCCUCCCCACUGGCCUCUAUGGCUCCACAGUGAUCCAGGCUUGAGUCUGGCAAGGAACCGUGCCAUUAGCUAUUUCUCUUCCACUAGAACAAGAGGGCAACGGGAUGUGGUACGAGAGAGCCCAGGUUUCUCUGGCCCUCUCUCACAGCUUCCUCCCUGUAGCUGUAAACCAAUGCUCUUCCCUAGCCAUUUCGGUAAUGAAGAGCUGCUGCUGGGUAUGUGUUGUGCCUGCCCAGGGAGUUGGGGAAAGAUGGUCAGUAAGCAUUGCUCUGCUUAGAGCUCAAAACCCCCAGGAAUCAGGACCAGGCCAAAGCCUCCAUGAAACCAGGUCCUGGCAGUACCCUUGGAGCUGCUGGAGGUGGGAGGGAGCCCAAAUUCUGUCUCUUUCCCUCUCCUCUCCUCUCAAUGUUACUCAAGCUCCUUUUCCUGUUAGAAUCUUCUGAGUUUAUUUCCCCACUGGGUGGGACAGAGCACGGAGAAGGAUCUAGAAGCAACCCUUUUUUGUCCUCUGGGGUAAAUGAGCUUUAUCUAGUGCAAGUGGAGAGACCAAAAGCCUCUGAUUUUUAAUUUCCAUAAGAAUGUUAGAGAAGUAUAUAUAUAUAUUUCUUUAAAUUUUUGAGUCUUUGAUAUGUCUGUACAAUCCAUUCCCUCUGCCCUGAAGCCUGAAUGAAACACAUGAAAAAGCUGUGUUUCAAAGGUGUUAAUUAAAUGAUUAAAACUUG